GAGCCAUAAUCUGAAUAAUCCCACAGUGGGCGUGUGCGCGCGCUCCUGAGUGUGUCCACAGAUGCUGAGAGACAUCACACCGUGACGGAGACCAUGACAGGGUCCGCGUGCGGAGGAGGAUGAUGUUCCUGCAGGGACUCACCUGUGGAUGGACGCCGUCAGGAUGCCUUACCUGAACAGAACUCUGCUCCUCCUCUCGCUGCUGCUGCUCCUGCUGCUGCUGCUGGGUCAGAGCCGAACCGCGGAGGCGCGCAAGCACCGACAGCGGGUGCGCAGAUGGACGGGAACCGAGGAGACCCAGAAGCACGGCGCCUCUCUGCCAAAGAAACCUCCAGAUGUGACCAAGUCCAGAAAAACCAAGACAGAGCAUCUUCUCAAAGUAGAUGAUCAUGAUUUCACCAUGAGGCCGGCGUUUGGAGGCCCUGCGAUCCCUGUUGGCGUGGACGUUCAGGUGGAGAGCUUAGACAGCAUCUCUGAAGUUGACAUGGACUUCACCAUGACGCUGUACCUCCGACACUACUGGAAGGACGAGCGCCUGUCGUUCUCCAGCAGCACAAACAAGAGCAUGACCUUUGAUGGCCGCUUGGUGAAGAAGAUCUGGGUCCCGGAUGUCUUCUUCGUCCACUCCAAGAGGUCCUUCAUCCACGACACGACGACAGACAACAUUAUGCUGCGUGUGUUUCCGGACGGACAUGUCCUCUACAGCUUAAGAGUGACGGUGACGGCGGCCUGCAACAUGGACUUCAGCCGGUUUCCUCUGGACUCUCAGACCUGCUCACUGGAGCUGGAGAGCUACGCGUACACGGACGAGGACCUGAUGCUGUACUGGAAGAGCGGCGAUGAGUCUCUGAGCACCGACGACAGGAUCUCGCUGUCCCAGUUCCUCAUCCAGAAGUUUCACACCACGUCCCGUUUGGCCUUCUACAGCAGCACGGGUACGGAUCUAAUUAUCGCCACGGCAACCCGGUCCUUUGAGGAAUCAGAUGAAAAUUACUUUUAUCACAUUCUGCCUACAUGUUUAAUCCUGAAACUAGAACAGCCGGAGGUAAUAAUUUUUUACUUCCUGCUUCUGACAGAAACCCACAACAGAGCGAGAUCUGCAGUUCAGACAGUGUGUGCGUGUGUGCGUGCGUGCGUGCGUGCGUGCGUGCAUGCAGGUAUCACCACGGUGCUGACCAUGUCCACCAUUAUCACCGGGGUCAAUGCCUCCAUGCCGCGCGUGUCCUACAUUAAAGCCGUGGACAUCUACCUGUGGGUCAGCUUCGUCUUUGUGUUCCUCUCUGUGUUGGAGUACGCGGCUGUGAACUACCUGUCCACCGUCCAGGACCGCCGCGAGCGCAAGAUGAGGGAGAGGGCACGCUCUCAGUCGCUGCCUUGCACCUGCAGCAUCUCCCAAACACGAACCAUGACCAUGCUGGACGGCACCUACAGCGAGGCGGACACCAACAGCCUGGCCGGCUACACCGAGGAGCCGAUGGUUCCAGAGGACGAACCCGAGGAGAAGCAGAAAGUCCCGGAGAAGUCAGAGCACAUGGUGGUGCACCUGUCCAUGAGCACCGAGUCUGCCGGCAUCAAGAAGAGGAAGAGCCUGCGCGCCCUCAACAUCAUCCAGAACACGCACGCCAUCGAUAAAUACUCCCGGAUGAUUUUCCCAGGAUCGUACAUCUUCUUCAACCUCAUCUACUGGUCGGUUUACUGCUGAUUGACAGCCGGGGGUGGAAACUAAUAUCAGUGAUGAACCCGAAGGAGAUGAAGAGUUAAUGUUGGGAUCUUACACAGGAGGAACAGGUAGACCAGCAGAACCUGAGGUGCUGAAACAUCUCCAGGGUUCUGCUUCUGGGUUUAAUUUCUUUCCAACAGCAGCUUGAAUGUUCAUAAAUAUUGUACAGUAAAAGCAAGGGAACACACAAACUGUGUCGGACGUUAUCAGUUAUGAAUGUUUGGGUUCAGGACAACGAAAAUCUGCAACUGAAGAGGACAUUUACAGGAAAAAAGAAAAACAUCUCAGGUUUGAAAAUUAACUGGUUUUGUUCAAAUUCCAAGUUUUAAUCCAGCUGAAUGUAAAAACGCUCAGAUUUGGUUUAUUGGCUUUUGUAGAAUUCAACUUUUGAGUUGCAUCAACAUGUUGAGCUCAACCUCAGGAAAAUUUAAAGUCUCAGAUGUGAAAGACGGCAGCAGGAAUGGAGCACCUGGCGGAGGUUGUCACGGUAACGUGAGUUAUUACUGACGGAGAGGAUGGGGAUGCUUUAUUUUAUUAGUCCUUCACAGACGAUGGUGUUUAUUACAGGAGAAAUUUAACAGAAAAACAAACACAGCUGAAAUCAUAACCCUGAAGAGUUUUUCACACGUCAUUAAAGAACGAGAGGCUUUCAGAGCUGAGGAGACAUAAACAGUAAUAAAUUUAAUUGAUUUCUGGGUAAAUGUUUUCACAAAUUUCAAAGAUUUGCAGCAAUUAUGACUUUUGCUGCUCCUGUAAGAUCUUAACUCUGUGUUUUAUAAGGCGAGUUGAAUGUCGUUUGAGCCUCCAUGGAGCCCAGAUCAGAUCACAGAUCUGAAGGCUGAGACGUCUUUGUCAGAUCUGACCAAACACACUUACUGUGUUUAUUUACUGGACUAAUUUAUUCCACUAAACCUCAGUGUAUUAUAAAAUAAAGUUUGUAUUUGUGUAGAUUAAAGAACUGUUGAAACAGUCAGUGUUUUUAAAGCUUAUAUUUGAUCAAGAAUGACUGAUGGCAGCUCAUUUAAAGAGUACGAACUGCUUCUUUAUGAGAAGAAAAAACAACCUCGGAUGAACUGCAGAGACCAGACAACACGUCUGUAUGCAUCUGUCUGACUCUGCACUUAUUUCUGCAGCUUCACAUCAGUCUACAGCUCAACAUCUGUCUGUAAAGGUUGUAGCAGUGUCAGAUUUUACUUUGACUACACAUCUGACUACGUCUCUCCACAACGCCACGCCUCUCUGCAGUGGAUGCACACUUUUCCGCGGCUCUACAUCUAGCUGCACAUCUGGACUUCGGGAUGCAGAGUCUGCACAUCUGGUGUCUCUGACUACAAUGUCACACCUUGUCUGCAGAGGAUGCACAUCUGUCUGCAGCUUCCCAUCUGUCAGCCGGCAGGAGGUCUUUGUGCUUUUCCACCAAACAUCGCAGUCGACUUAUUGGGGAGCUUUUAAACAUGAAUGUUUAUUGUUUAUCGUCACCACGGACGAUGAAAUGUUUUCGAAUCGCUGAGAUGCCGAUGUGUCAGAGGAAACUUUACUGAGAUCCAAUCCUGUUACAGACGCUCAGAUCUCCAGGUGAUGAAGAGUUUUAGUUUGAUGCUCAGCUGUGUGUUUGAGUUUGUCGGUGAAAUGUUUCUGCUGGUUAAAUCUGACAUAAAGAAUGUUUCUGUGUUGGUCAAGAUGUAUUAAAUAUAACUGUAAUAAACUGACUCUGCCUCUGAUUCAGAUGGAUUUGAACCGA